AUGAAAAUAAUAUCAUCAGCAAGAAUAAAAAGAUUUGAUUGCAAUACUUUAACUGAGGACAGUAUCCUUAACGGUAUUGCAAUUGUUCCUGGAAGAUUACCGGAAGAUAUUGAAAUUUCAAAAGCUGCUGAAGAUCUUUUAAAGAAAAUUCUAAAUCCAGAUCCUAGAGCUCGGUUAAGAUCAAUCUUCGCUUUACAACGAAUUGCUUUUUUUAUGGGACAUGACAUCCAGAGUUUCAUGUCAAAAAAGAAAUAA